AUGACGGAUCGGCUUAUUUCCCCGGCCUCGAACUCAACCUCGCACGACUCGGUUUCUACUCGUCAUAUUCAUGUUAAUACCCGAGAUCGUACCCGUAACCGUAACCACCGCAAAAAGCAAAGCGAGGUGACGAUCGUCCGUGGUAUGCGCUCCUCUUCACCUGCCCCGCCGGGUCUAUCUAGCGGGGAGUCUUCGUCUCCGUCGAUCACUUCGGUGGAGACUGAGUCCACUGGUCUGGGUUUGGGACUUUCGUUCGAUGUACGCGCUAGCUCAGUCUUUCAGGGUGAUGGCGUUGAGCUGAGACAGCGUGAUGAGAGUGCUUUGGCCUCCGUAGUUCCUGUCAUGUCUGUUUCUACUUCUUUCUCUACUACUUCUGUUCCUGUUGAUAGGAAUAGAAGUAGGACUGGAUCUGGUAGUGUUAAUGGAAGUGCAAAUGGGGCCGUGUUGCAUCGCUCGUCGCGCGCUUCUUCAUCGUCGUGGAGUGCAAAUGCUGCAUCGGCGGUAGUGUCGGCGGCGUCGAUGAAUAUGACGGAUCAUGGAGAGCGACCGAUGGGCACGGAUGAUAGGCUUUAUACAUGCUUGUUUCAUAUGCUGGACUGCCACGAGUCAUUUGAUGAUGUCACGCAUUGGAAAACGCAUGUACUGAGUCAUUUCAGGACACAUUUACCGCCACGGAUGGCGAGGUGUCCUCUGUGCCCGGAGGAAUUUGUUGAUGAGGGUGAUGAUGAGUCGAUAAUGUUGUCAUCUCUGUCAAUAUCAGAUCGCAACGACAGCACGGGUGACAGUGUUGAUGGAAAUGAUGAUCAGAAAUCCCCAGCUCAGGUUCUUGAGGAUUCAAUACCCUCGAUAGUUCUGUCUUCCCAGGAUGAGGAGAGAGAAGAUGUUCAACUGUCACAACCCGCCUGGAUUCGUAUGCUAAACCAUGUUGCCACGGCCCAUUACGAAACUGGAGAGACAUUAGCGGGCAGUCGACCGGAUUUUGAGCUCAUGCGCUACCUGUAUAGUAGGCGCAUUAUCUCCGAUGCUCAAUUCAAGGCUAUGCAGCUUGCACCUGCACCCUCGAGUCCAGCAUAUCAUCGCUCGCAGGAUGGCGUGCGUGCUAGUAUUGGAUCCUCUGAUGAGCCAUAUUGUGCACCGUAUAGUCGGAGACGAGAGGAGAGAAUGAGAGGAACUACAAGAGGGCUUAGUGUUGUUUGA